AUGACAGCUAAUUACUCCUGGCCUUUUUAUCCAAUUGCCAACCAGGCAUUGUAUGGUUACGACCAGGCAGCCAACAAAUCUUUCAAAAGCGAGACAAUCCCAAAUGGCGUCAGAAAUCAGGUGGAAGAUGGAAUCCAUGCUCUGUUUGUGCCUCCAGGAGUAGAAAUUGACCUUGGUGACUUUUCUGGUUCUUGCAUCAGUAAUCCAAAUCUCUGUGAGAAUUUUACAGUGUCAUUUCUCUUUAGAUCCGGAGCCGAAAAAGCACUAAAGGUGCUGGACUCGGGGGUAAAAUAUGGCGACAGAGAUGAAUAUGGCUGGUCGUUUGAGAUAUCUUCCACCUUUGUCGGUGAAGCGGUAGUUAUGGUCUCAGAUGGGAAUAGUGAACUAUAUAUCGAGAAACUAGCAGGAACUAACACUUGGAUCCAAAUGGUAUUUACCUUUGAUCCCGAUUCAAGCAGCCGCAGUGUAGUCCUCUACCAAAACGGGUCCCAUGGUGAUGCACCCAUUGGGGGCUCUAGUGUUUGGCUUCAAGACCGGAACACGCGUCUGAAGCUUGGCUCAAGAUCCAAUACAAAAGGAUUCUUCAUCAGUAACUUAAACUUUUUUGGAAUUAAACUGAAAGUCGACGAAAUUAAAGAACAUGGAAACAGGAGUUUUAAAGAAGGUAUGAUGUGCUUAGACAGGGUAAAAAAAGAAAUUUUAAGCAAUUGUUGCGCGUUAACAGUCAACUACACAAUGAAGGUUUAUCUGACAUCGUUUGUGAACUAAAUACGGAAAAAACAAUCAGCGCUCUAUUCGUACAUUAGAUUUAAUGAUCAAGACUAAAAAAAAUUUAACGGGACUGGUACAUUGUGUCCUUGCUAGCGGCUUGCAACGAAUAUUGAACAGCGAUUCUUAGGAUUAUACACACUUACUGCUUUUUAAUUUCCCCCUUCUCAUAAACGCAGACAUAAGGCCAAACUCCUGUCACUUUUAUGAUUCACCGAAAAUAAACGCUUUAAAAUGAUACUUGAUAAAAAAAAAGUAUUUAUAACUGUCUAUAAUUGUUCAGUACCAAGUUCCAUAAUUUGGUCGCUGAGAAAAGGCAAGAUCGUCCACUAGUCCGUAAGUGGUGUUCUUUACUUAAGCAUUUUAGGGAAACCUGAGUUUCAACAAAAACAGCCUCCAGAGCUCCAGUGUCAGGAACUUACCUUGGUGUAAUUGUGACCUCAUAAGAUAGUCUACUUCUUUAUCAUUUCUAAAAUGACGUUCCAGUGAAAAGUUUUCUGCCAAAUAUUGAAAAAAUAUAUAGAUUUUCUUUCCUUAGAUCGGGUUCAAGUGAAUUCCAGAUUUUAGCAACUUGGUAGGUAAAAGGGUUCUUCAUCCAGUUGAGGUCAAACCUUUGUGUGCCAAGAUUAACACCACUACCUCUCAAGUUAUAUGUUUUAACAUAUAACUUAUAAGAACUAAAAGUCUUGAGUGAGAACUAAAAGAAAUUCAAGAAUGUAUCUAAGUCCCCUACAGAUUAAAGAUUUAUAAAGCAACAAAAGUUAACUACAUAUUCUCCUAUGUUCUACAGUUUUCAUGUUUACGAUCCCAACUUAUUCCAGAUACGACAUUGUUUUAUUGUAACCUAAAUUAGAUCUCUUUUGGAGUGCACCAAUGGACAAAGGGCUAGAUGGCUCAUUGACCAAUCAGAGCGUGGGCAUUACUUUGUUAUGAUUUACUGUAAUAGAUCUAGAUUUAUUCAUCGAAUUUCAAAAUUCAUUGAUCGUAUCCCGGAUUUAAUUACUUUUCAGGACUGUUGCGCGCACUUUUGCGUAUUUGACAACCUUUCCCAAAAUGUGAUAUUGACAUAACGAUCAUGCGUAAAAUAUUAACUGAUUUCUGGUAUAAUCUUAGCAAUGGAGGUAAACAACGUCACCAUUGAGAUUCUGGAAGCUCAAGUAAUAAUACCAGCAGAUUCUGGCAUGGCAGUGAUACGCAUGCUCCGUCAGGGAUUUCUUGCUAUUGCUACCGCAGUUGAGUAAGUAAAGAUGCAGUUCAGCUGAAAGUUGAUCGUGAAAAGGAAAAAAACGAAUGUAGGGAGGUCAAAAGUCAGCAGCAUGUGAAUCCUUUUAGCCAUGUAGUUUGCCAUUAGCAGCAAGAGAUUUCUGGUUAUAAGCUCAUCUACAUGAAAACGGAAGACAUAACGAUUAUAACAAAUGUUGUGCUAAGCUGUUAAUUCUUCGGUUGGCAAAACUAAUGGUUUGAAACAAAAUGAUAACGAGAAGGAAAAAGGUGCAACACAUGUAUUAAUUUUUGGGUGGCUUUAAUAUGUGAUGAGGCUUUAAAUUUGAGCAAAAGUUAAGAAGCCACAGCUGAAGCCAGUAAAGGGGUAACCGGGAUUGAACCGGUGACCUCUCGAUCUGCAGUCGAAUUCUCUGCUACCACUGAGCUAUGCCCCCUCUCACGAAAUAUAACAAAUAUAAAAAGUAUUGUGAAGGGUGUGGCUACCUAUACGCCACUACGCAAGUGCUAACUUUAAUACGAGGUGGGUAAAAGAUAGUGCAAUCGUUUGUGUAACGCUAUUUUAACUGCUUUUAUUUACCCUUACUGGUUUUUAAUUUAACGGGUCUUUAAUUUCGCGUUUUUCGCGAUUGUAAAAAAUUAAAUCAUAAUUCAUAUCACAGCAAAAAAAAAAAUUUUCAGCAUGUAAUAGUAACAACAUACUUAGGCUAUGUAUCGACAAAUACACAAAUUGCUAACUGUGGUUUUACAGGUAUGCUACAUAUUGUAUCUUCAGUUGGGAAAUAAUGUUAACUUGCAAAGAUUUCACACAUUGUUUGUGUCAGUUUAUAAAGACAUUUUAAAAAGCUGACUUUUUUUACAAGACAAAAUGAAGUUAAAAACGCUAAAAUUGCUAAAUUAAAUACCAAUGAGGUAUUCAUAUCUUCAUCUUUCCCGGGUAUAUAAGAACCAAUUUAAUGACCAGCUCCUAGCUAGCUUGCUAGCUUAAUGGAUUAGAGCGCUGUACCGAUAUCGCCGGCAGAGGUCAGGGUUCGAAUCUCGCUUUCUUUUCGCAACUGCAAAAGUGGCGUAUUUAGCAUUGAUGAUCUUCUGUGGUUUUAUUCUAUUACUUUUAAAUAAUUGUUUAGAACAAAAUUCCAUGUAUUUUCUCAAUUUGCUUUAUAUGCCGUAAAUGUUUGUAUAUAUGCUCAUCUACAUGAAACGAAAAACAUUUUGCGAAUGUACCAAAGCCUACAAGAUUGCCAUCUUUAGAUGUAUUAAAUUAUUCUUCGUCUCUCUUUUUUUAGUUAAAGUCGUACUUUUCCUUUUUUAUAUUAUUGCUACGGGUUGAGUUAAAGUUUUAACUUUGAUUUUAUACCUAAUUCUGAUGGGAGAUUAAAUUGAUAGAAUUCAAACAAGAAAAUUGAGAUGUGUUUUGAUGUAACUGAAUGGUUAAUAUGUCCAGGCAUUCAAUUAUAAACAUUUUUGGCACGACUUCUAUUGGAUAUAGUAUUCAGCUAAAAUCUCUUGCUAAGUUGCAAAAACCCAGGGCUUGUAACCGGGAUUUUACGGUAAGACAUCAGGGAGUUGCGUGCCUACCCCGCAGAAAGACUGAGUACAUUUUAAUAAUACCGCAUAUCAUGGUUAUUUUUCUUUAAGCUAUGAUACAAAAAGCUUGACAGCGGAACCAAACAUGCACUUUAAAGCUGCCACUGGUAAACAACUGGCGUUUGCUCNACCCCGCAGAAAGACUGAGUACAUUUUAAUAAUACCGCAUAUCAUGGUUAUUUUUCUUUAAGCUAUGAUACAAAAAGCUUGACAGCGGAACCAAACAUGCACUUUAAAGCUGCCACUGGUAAACAACUGGCGUUUGCUCCGGGAGAGAUUUUCAAGGAAGUUAAAAUUGGUAUCAUUAACAAGGAUAACAGCUUUGAAGGCAACAGAACCUUUCAAGUCAUUUUCUCAAGUCCACACAGCUCCGUUAUAUUGAAAGGUCCGAAGCAGGUCAAUGUAACUAUUAUGUACACCAAAGGUAAAAAUGAGAUGUAUUAAUGCAAAGUUAGUAGGGGUAGUUAUUUUGGUUAGGAAACGAUUUUGUAAUUGCUUUUUCAUAAACUGCUGACGCACAGUUAAAAUUGAGCGGAGUGUUCGAAAACAAGGUAUUAGAGGAACCAUAACAAAGAUGACGUUGAAGUAAAUUCACUGCUGUGUACCAUUGUGUACACAAAGAGGCCAUGUUGGAAAAAAUAUGUUAUGAGGAGGAUCGUUCUUCCUAAGGGCGGAUUUCCGCUGUUGCGUAAUUUGUACAUGUGCACAUGCGUAAAAUUUACAUAGGCAAAUAAAAUAGAAACAAUCCAUGAAUGUCGCACGUAAGCGUAAAAGUGAACCUCGAUGAAGUUCACGAUUAAGUCCAACACUUUAUCUCUUGCCUCUAUUUUAUUUACGUGAUUAAAAUUUCCGUGCGUGUACACGCACUUGUAAAAUAACCAUUAAUGAAUGCUAACACUUACAACUCAUGAAAAAAUAUCUCUGAUCAUCAUACACCUUGAUGUAGCUUUUCAUUUCUUUACGAUAUCCAACCUUGAGAAAUGUUGCCACCUUCUUGAGCCCGCGGUUGGAACGGAUUGCUUAGCGGUAAAACCCAAACUCUUUCCAGUGCCGGCAACAUAUUUAUCACUCUCGUCAAUCAGGGGAGUUUGAGAUUCCCCUUCCACUUGUUGGACAGUUGACCUUUACCUUCUUGUGACGACGUGAAACAGUACUAGUGUCACAAAAGACAGGUAACUAAGUCUCUUUGAUGCUGUUUGGUUGUUUUCUGAAAAUAUAUAUAAAUUCUGGAUCUGGGUCGACUAUGAAAUCAUUUAAACCAGAGUUGAUGUACUGAUUAACCCUAGAGAGAAUGGCAAGUCAUGUCAGUCAAUCGUCGGUAAUUGACUAUGUUCAAUCAACAGGAUAAGCUUAGGAUUGCUACUAAUAUUUCUUCAUCGUACAUCUUAACUUACCCUUUUACCAGCUGGGCCUUUCUUUACAUUUACCUCCCCGGAAUGUUCACCAAGACCUCAAGGCAUUUUUGUUUAGUUCUGCUGGGUUUCUUCUUUCUAAAGACCCAUCGACAAUGUUCCUCAGUCAAAUCAACAGCAAGGCUCGACGCACUUUUAAACACUUUUUUCACAAGAAAGCAAUAGAUUUUCUAUCGAACUACAAGCUGGAUCGACCGAUCCCAAUUAUAUGUUUUUCAAAAAAAAAAUCGACAGACCGUUUAACUGAAAUGACAACUUGCAGCCAUGUUAGUUCUGUCGUAAGAAACUGUAAGAUCGAUGCCUCUAAAGCCUCGUUUUCGCGGACUCGGCUCGCAUCCGCCAUUUAUGAUUAAGGCGUAUGUGAUAUCAUUUGCUUUCUUAUUUACCAGUUGGACGGUGUGGAUUAUUGUUAUUAUCAUUGUUAUUCGUCCCCCAGAAAAUACACGUGAAUUGAUGUCUCGACCGAAAUACUAUUAAGGAAGCCAGUGUUCUGAAGUAUAUUAACUGCCAGUUAAACAUGCUAUGUUAGGCCCUGUUUACAUGGAGGUGGGGGACCCCAGGUAGGUGAGUUAACCCGCUUAGCUGGGGCAAAAAAAAAUAACCCUCCUUUACAUGUAAUCUUACAACCCCGCCAUCCCGGGGUGCACAUUUUCAAGAUUACUGAAUGGUCGCUAAGCACGUAAACAAGAAAAAUGCUAGCAAACUUCCUGUUUUGGCGAUUAAUGCUCUUCUACACUCACGUGCUGCUCUUGCUGAAACCUUCAGUGCUGUGGCUUUCUAUUGCUACCUUUAAUAAUGAUGCAAAGCCACCGCCAAAAUGAAUUUUGAGCGAAAUUUGAUGUAUUCCGAAUCCGACCCCGGCUAGGCGAGUUACCCCACCUUGAAACGUUUACAUGGCAAAAUUUGACCCCGGCUGAGAAGGUUACCCGGUCUGGCAGACCGGGCUACCCGCCUAGGCGGGUCACCCCACCUAUCAUGUAAACGUGAUCCAAGUAAAAUGUGAGAUUAUAUGAACCGGCGGGUUACCCCACCUAAGCGGGUUACCUCACCUACCUGGGGUCCCCCACCCCCAUGUAAACAGGCCUUUAGAAAUAUAUUUAAGACUUAAUGUAACUAGGUACAACAUUGUCACUGUGUUAAUAUAUUCUUUACAUAAAAGGAAGACACACGAGAGGCCUGUAUAUCAGACGAUAUGAUAUAUUUUUUGCAAAAGUUCUGUGCGCUGAUUUCUAUUUUUGUUGUUUUUGUUUUCGAAUCUUCAAGGUGAAGUCCACUCAAAGGGAGCCAUCAUGCAUGGUAUGAGCCAAAGAUACACUCGCUAUAAUGGCCUACUUAAACUUUCAUUUCCUGCUUAUUUUCAGUCUUGCUAGUCGUUCUUGUCUGUCGUUUGUACAGUCACUCAUCAGCUUAAUAUCACCUGUCUUUUCAAUGAACAGGGGACCUACCUUACGGUUUGCUUACUGCCCUGAUAAGCUUGAUUGGUCUUUUCAAUCUGUUCUGAUCCGAUGAAAGGAGUGAUAGUAAGUGACUUCUUACUUAGAAGUAGGUUAAGCUGAUAUUUCUUUACUUAGGCUAUUUCAACACUAUACCAUAAUAGCUUUUCGUGCCGAAACGAAACUAACUUCCGUCUCAGUGGGUUCCAGUCCCCUUUCCUACUCAUUCACUUCCGCUACAGUCUGAAUACCUAUUCAAACUACAGCAAAGUGUGGCACAGAACCCGCUAUCCUAUAUAUGACACUCCUUUAUCGAGAUCGGCAAGGCACAGCUUCGCUCCGUUACAGAAAUCGCGUCGAAGCCUAUUUCCCCUUCGUAAAGGGUCGUUGCCAUUUUUAAUAGGCGAUGCCACCUUGGUAACCAAGCCUUCAGUCAUGUUAGAUGUUAUAUAUUCCCUGAAUUAA